GUCGCACGGCAGCAGAGCUAGAUGCAGUGCUGAGAUGGGCCGUUCCCGGCCGAUCAUCAAGCGGGUCGAGAGUCACCAUAUCAUUCCGCGCUGCACGCACCGAGCGCAUACCUGAUGCAUGUCCAAUUGAUGCGGCGGGUGUUCUACCCCCACGCAGAACACAGCAACUCGUGGCUGGACGUUGCCAAUAGCAACUUACUUCACUGUAUAUAACACGGCUGAUGAACCGCAAUGUCCCCCAGCUCUCAGCCCUUUCACUUUCUCAGAGCUCAAGACUUUUCGAGUACAGGUACUGGUUGCCUUGCUUGUUUGAUCUUAUUGCAUUCACUUUCACGACCUCGCUCGACCUCAUCCAAGUCUUUACGACCACAUUCCCUACGCUCUAACUCACUUGAUCAUCAUGCGCACCACUGUCGCCGUCGCUGUUAUCCUCGCUGCCGCCUCUGCAGCACCAUCCUUUGCCGCCCCCAUCACGUCUGCUGAGUUUGUCACUCGCGACACCAACGGCGAACUUGAGGCGCGUGGCAAGGGCGGGAAACUCUUUGGCGGUGUUGUCAAAGGCCGCCCCCACUUCCUCCGUGAAGACAGCCCUGAACUGUACGCUCGCUCCUUCGAGGACGAGGGCCUCUACGCUCGCGAUACCAACGGCGAACUUGAGGCACGUAGCAAGAAGGGCCUCAAAACUGCCGGGAAGGUCCUUGGCGGUGUUGCCAAAGGCCUCCUCCACUUCCUGCGCGAAGAUGACCCCGAACUGUACGCUCGCUCCUUCGAGGACGAGAGCCUCUACACUCGCGACAUCAGCGGCGAACUUGAGGCGCGUAGCAAGAAGGGCCUCCGCACUGCCGGUAAAGUCGUUGGUGGUAUCGCCAAGGGUCUCCUCCACUUCCUCCGUGAAGACCCCGUCCUUGUCCGUGCCUUCGAAGAGGAGCCGGAGCUCUUCAUGCGCGGUUUCGAAAGCGACGAGCUCAUGGCGCGCGAAUUCGAUGAUGAAAUGCUCAUGGCGCGCGAAUUCGAUGAUGACAUGCUCUUCGCGCGUGAUAUGGAAAUCGACGAGCUCGACUGAUCUUUCGGGCAGGGCUAUGAUAGUGUAAUAUAUGAUUCGUAUCUACGAGCUAUAGGGCUUGCUCGUUUGUUGUACAGGUCGCUGUCGAACGCUAUGAAUUCAAUGCUCUGGGCUGAGGACUCGUA